AUGGGAUCUCAAAGUGAAGACCAUGUUACAAAAAUGCUUCAAGCUCAAACCAAAGUAUUCAAUCACAUUUUCAGUUUCAUAAACUCAAUGUCCCUUAAAUGUGCAAUUGAAUUGAGUAUACCAGAUGUCAUACAAAACUAUGGUCAACCUAUCCCACUUUCACAACUCAUUGCUAAAUUACCAAUCCACCCUUCCAAAACCGGUGACAUAUAUCGUUUGAUGCGAGUUUUAACACAUUCUGGUUUCUUCAAUGUCAUUGAAAAUAAUAAUGAUGUAGAAGAAGUAAUGUAUGAGCUUAAUGAUGCAUCUAGAUUAUUGCUUAAGGAUCAUCCCUAUAGCAUGACAUCUUUGUUACAUGUUAUACUUGGUCCAAUUAUGAGUAAACCAUGGUGCCAACUUUCUAGUUGGUACAAAAAUGAAGACCUUUCACCUUUUCACACUGAAAAUAAUGGAGUUGCGUUUUGGGAUUAUGCUGGUCAUGACCCUAAACUUAAUGAGUUGUUUAAUGAAGCUAUGGCUUGUGAAACUAGAAUGGCUUCUAGUGCUGUGAUGGGGAAGUUUAGAAAGGUGUUUGAAGAGGUGGGAUCAUUGGUUGAUGUUGGAGGAGGUGUAGGGACUAUGUCUAUGGCUAUUGCUAAGUCGUUUCCAAAUAUUGAUUGUGUUGUGUUUGAUCUCCCACAUGUUGUUGAUGGAUUGCAAGGAAGUGAGAAUUUGAAAUAUGUUGGAGGGGACAUGUUUGUGGCUAUUCCUCCUACUCAUUCAAUUUUACUCAAGGGUGUACUGCAUGAUUGGAACGACGAGGAAUGUUUGAAAAUACUAAAGAAAUGCAAGGAAGCAAUAAUGAGCAAAGGGAAAGUGAUAAUCAUAGAUGCAGUGAUGGGGAAUGAGAAGGAAGAGAAUGAAACGAUUGAAGCACAAUUGUUCUAUGAUUUGGAGAUGAUGGUGUUGGUUAAUGGAAAAGAGAGAAAUGAGAAAGAAUGGUCUAAGUUGUUUUUCUCUGCUGGUUUUAGGGAGUACAAGAUAACUCAUGGUCUUGGUUUUAAGUCUCUCAUUGAGGUUUUUCCAUAG